AGUCAAAUAAUCGCUCAAUUGCCUAGAGAACCACCAGAACUGAUCGAAAAAGAGGAGGAUGUGGAAGAACUUAACUACCUUAUGGGGCAUAUUCCGCCUCCUCCAGCCCCAAUGCCUCUCUUAGCCUUCCCAACAACUUCUUCAACAAACCCAACUCGUCAAGUAACAUUUGGAUGUUCUCUUUCACAGCCUACAACACCUAGAAAUGUUCAAAGAAUGUUUGGCCCAUUUGACGAUAUUCAACAACAACAAAAUUUUGAACAAAAACAACAACAACAACCUCCCCUCCAAAAUUUAACUUUUCUCCAUUCUCCCCCAAAUAAUCGUCGAAAUGAAAGUAAAACAAUUUUGUUUUCCUCACAACUCCCUCAAAGAAAUGGCUAUGUUGUUCAAAGUAGUGAUUUAACUGAAUUAUACGGAAAUAAUUUAAAUGGAAGAACAGCAGCUAGUGCUAGAUAA